AUGGAACUGACCGCGUUGGCUUACAAUCUGAAUCGCAUGCGAGAGACCCGCAUUAUUGUUUGGCUGCAAGCUGAAAGCGAAGGGGAAGCUUUCAAUGAUAUUUUGAAAAAGAUUGGGGAGCUACAUUUUGUAAACCUCUUGCUGUGCCGCGCAGCGCCCGUUGGCUUAUUGAAGGUCUAUCGGCUUCUGCCAUUUCCGUUCCCACGCUUUGAACCCGUUUAUAUUGUGGAUGUGGGUCCCUAUUGUCACAAAUCCUGGUCGAAUUAUGGUGGAAUAACUGCACGCACACUACCAGAUCAGAUAAUGCCAGGUAUCUAUGUUGUAACUGAUAGGCGCACUGGCGAACACCGCUUGAGUGGAAGUAGUGGAAAAUUUAUAACUGCAUUCACCAAAGGACGAAACAUAAGUCUAAAGUACACCCAGCCUGUGGAGUUUGGAAAAGUGAUUCUCCCAAAUAUAAUAGAAAAUAUGACGCGUCAUGGAGAGCUGGAUAUACCGCUAAGUGUUAAAUUUCGUGCCAUAUCAAGGCCAAGGCAUGGCAUUGAAUCAUCUGAAGUUAUUGGUGUGGUAGACUGGAUCGUUAUCGUACCCUGCAGGCAGCUGCUGAAUAUUCAUGGUGUCUAUAAUAUGUUAUUGGAGGAACAUUGGGCUUACUACAUACUGGGAGCAUACGUAGCCUUUGCAAUAAUCGAGACUCUAAUAUCGACAGCGGAGUAUUAUCUGUGCCAUCACACACACAGAUUUGAUUGCUGCGGUCUUUUCGUGAAUCUUCGGGUGUUCUGUGGCCUACUUGGCUUCGGAAUGCCAAUUCAAAGCUCUGGGGGUGUGGCCACGCGUCAAGUAAUUAUGACUAUUUGUGUAUUUGGCUUGGUCUUCAGUACUUUUUUCAGCGCCAAGCUCAGCACCUUGCUGACAAUGUUUCCCCAGUCCAGUGCGAUAAAUACGUUCGAAGACUUAGAGGCAGCACAAAUUUCUGUUAUAUUGGACCCACUUACUCAUGAGAGAAAGCCCGCACUUUAUUUUGCCAAUGGCUUGCCGUACGCCUUCUUUUUACCAGAGAACUCCAUUUAUAAGACCGCCAUAGAUGAUUACAUACGUACGUGUGAAAGCAUGGGUUUUUUCGACAAGUGGCGGAAGGAAUCCUUCAUUGAAUUAAUGUACCAUUCUAAGCAAUCUCGAAUUAAUGCUAAAAUUCCCACUAACGAUUUUCAACCUCUGCGUUUCCGCGACUUGAACUGGUUGUGCUAUGCUGCUGAUAGUCUGGCAUUUGUGGUUGAGUACUGUGUGGGCCAUUGGCAAAAACGUAGCUCCACGAAUGCCGUGGUACUGGCUUAG